CUCCUACCCUACCUCAUAUUGCCCCUUCAUACAAUUCUUUCCGUAAAUAGCACGAAAAAAGGAUUUUAGCCGAAGAAAGUGCUUUCUAAAGAGCCGUGUGCAUUCAUAUUACAUUGCUUUUAGCAGAAAUUCAAUUCGUCCUGUGUGAAACUUAUUGAAUUACGCAAAAGGCUCGUGCACAAACUUUGUAACGAAACCAGGGUAUUGGCACAAAUAAUGAAAGAAAAUGGUUUUCUAUCUACUAUCAUUGCCUCUGCUAUUAAUAAACUGAGCUCAACUUUGAGUGAUUUCAGUGACCGUGGAUCUUCAUCAAAUAAGAAAUCAGGAAAGGCCAUUUCCAAGGAUCAUAGCGCAGAAACGUUGCCGUCCGAAACAUUGGAUCAAGAUGAAAAUGAUCCUGACUCACCGCCUAACCAAUCCAUCCAUUCGCCUUCAACUAGUCAAGUACCUUUAGGAGAAGGAGAACUUCGUUUGGAGGACUUUAAUCGUGUGCUACAAGACGAUGAUCAAAAUUCAGAGACAAAAGUAACUACUCCUGUAGCUGAUGGCAUUGAAGCGGAGGAUACGAAGUCUGCCAUCCAUUCAUUUCGAUCAACCUCUCCAGCCUUGGAAUCAGCACAAGCGAACACGUCUGCCCAAGGAAACUCGUUCCCCCAGAAGAGACUUUCCAGUGUAUCCUCGUCCCGCAAUCUUUCCAAUAUUACAGGUUAUGCGAACGCCAAUAGCAAACGUAACCGGGAGUUUCAUCAACUAUUCAAGUCUGUUCCAGACGAUGACUAUUUAAUUGAGGAUUACGGUUGUGCACUGCAAAGGGAUAUUUUCUUGCACGGACGAAUGUACCUCUCAGAGAAGCACAUUUGUUUCAAUUCAAGUAUUUUUGGCUGGGUCACCAAUAUCGUGAUUCCUUUCUCUGAAGUAGUGUCUGUGGAGAAAAAGUAUACUGCUGUCGUCUUUCCCAAUGCCAUUCAAAUCACAACAUUACACGCUCGUUAUUUGUUUGCGUCGUUCCUUUCUCGUGAUACUACUUAUCAACUUAUUGUCACUAUCUGGAAACAUACGCAUCCUUUUCUCAGCAUAUUUGCCAACGGACAUGGCAUCAUGGAUGCAGGAAACAAGAAAGACAAAACGGGAGGUGAUCUCAGUGCGUCUGAACAUUUAUCGAGCACGAACGAGAGUGACGAUGAAGACAAGGAUGGUGCUUAUGAAAGUGAUGGUAGUACUGAGACUUCUGCUAACUCAGAUAUUGACGAUGAUCUUACAGCAGAAGGAGUCGCGGAUGCUGGUACAUCUCCGGACACUUCUGGUGACGGCCCUGCUAAGAUGCAAGCCGCGUUUAGAACUUUGGAACACGCUCCAACUGAAUGGCCGGGAACCCCUUAUGACCAUGUACUGUGUAACGGUGAAGUUAUUAACAAGCCUCUUGGAACUACUUUCUCCAUGCUUUUUGGCGAUAACUCAAGCUGGUUUGCUGACUUCUUGCAGAGUCAGAAAAUGAGUCAAAUUCAGAUUGACCUUUGGGAGGAGAAAGAUCAUCUAUUUACUCGAAAGCUGCACUACAUGAAACCUGUUGCUCCUCCUUACCGACAAACAAUGUGUUACCUAACCGAUACAAUUGAUCACCUUGAUGCAAACUCAUACAUCCAAAUAUCAUCUACGACAUCUACUCCGCAGGUUCCUAGUGGUAAAUCUUUUCUCGUCAAGACGCAAUACGUGUUAACUUGGGGUGAGAAUAAUACCACGAAGCUCAGCAUAAGUUACUAUAUCCAAUGGGAAAAAAGUUCCUGGCUUAAAGGUGCCAUUGAAAAGGGCGCUAACGAAGGCCAAAUUGACUAUGUCAAAGCCUUGUUAGAGCAUAUUCGCAAGGCAAAAGACACAAAACCUGGAAAGCGGAAGAAGUCAAAGAAGUCUCGUAAGCAAUUAGAAAAACAACCAGACGAAGAAGCAGCUGUUGAAGAGGUGGUUGAAGAAGGUGCUGCUGGCAUAAUGCCGGUAAUUGUGAAUGUAUUAACCACGGCUGUUAACUGGCUGUCUCAACCAAGGAAUAUGUUCAACGUGCUCCUACUUUUCCUCUUAUGUUUACAAUUCUGGUAUUUGCGAAAGUUGAUUAAAGGUGAUGUUACAUGGAACCCAGCGUUGAAACAGGAAAAUCCUGUUUUCCCAGGAAGCGGGUCUUCAACUUUACGAUUUGAUGAGAGUAAUUUCAACUCAUGGCUAAAUACCCGCCUGAAAAGUCUUGUUCGUGAACAUGAGCCCACGCUUGAAAGUCGAAAAGACAAUCACGCUGAUGCCAACACCGAUGAACUCCAAGCCGCAGCUGACUACAUGGUUAAGAGAUUAACUCAAUUAAAAAGCGAGCUUGAUAAGGCCAAAGGCCUUUCAGCAUCUUAAGUGAAAAGCUUUAUUAUUUGACAUCGUAAUGUCACAUUCAUUAUCCACGCUUAUGCUGUACAAGUGCUUAAGAAAGCUAUGAUGAACUUGCUAUACGAGAAUUUUUUUUUAAACACAAAACCCCAAUUUUAACGGUUCUCAUGAUUUACUAAGGAAACGAAAUAAUAUUUUUACACAAUCAUUUUUAUAAUUGACAAGUUUAAGUCAUUAUUCUAAAUACAUCACAUUCCGCUCAAUACCGUUUUGCAAAGCCACUGCAGCUUGAUUCCGAACAAAAUCAUCACCGUCAAAUUGGCUUAUAUACUUCAAGGCAGUGAUUGCCGUUGAAUUAAGGUGUUUUGACUCGCUGAUGACUUGGAUAGCAGCUCUUCGUUGAAACUUAUUUGAGUCCUCGGCUUUCAGGUUCAAUAUAUCGACAGCUUUAGCUAUCAAUAAGUCACUGUCUCGUGUUCUUAGCAAAAGACUGGCAAUGUUAAGCGCGGAAACUUGAAGUUCAGUUUCCUCAGAGUCAAUAACACUCACGCAAGCAUUUUCAAUAUUUGAGUAGAAUUUUGGCACCAGUUCACCUAGUCGCUCCAUUGUUUGGUAAAUCGCUUGUCCCAGCAAUAAGCGUUCUGUAGUAUCAUGUUUGUGAGAGUUUGCAUAUUCUUGUAGAAGUAUUGGUACAAUAUUGUCAUAUUUCUCAGAAAGUGAGACAAGGCCGGAUAUUACGUUCAAAUGAACGUAGCUAUCUUCAUCUCUUAGAAGAUUGAUAAAUGUUUGAAGUAUUUGGAUUGGUGAAAUUUUGGGAGAGUCAUUUUCAACUAACUUUCGCAAAAUGUAAACACCCUCACCACGAGUAGGUACGUCUUCACUGUGAAGAUAAGAUAGCGCAGUUCUAUAGUCAUCUUGAGAAUCACCGAGGUGCUGGAGAAUAUCUCGAGCUAAUUCACAAAUAACAGGCUGACCUGAACCCAGGUACUGUCUUAACAUUGUUUUAACCCUGGGAGUUUCUUCCUCAAACACGUUUGAGGUACGUUUAGAAGCCAUAGUCGAUAGCAACUGUAACAAAACGGUUACAAUAUCUUCCUUCUCUUUGAUUUGUACCGCACGUUCUUCAGAAGGAACUACAAAAAGAGAAUUUUUAGCGAAUUCAGCAUCAUUAAGCUUUUCACUAAGUCUGAAAACAAGGGCGGCAACGCUUUUGGGAGAUAAUAAAUCUGUAUCAACUUUAGAGAGCAUGAAGAAUAACACAUCGUAAAGUUUAAUACGCUCCUGUGGGUCGCUUUCCACCCAUUCUUCCAGUACAGCCGGAAAGCAUUUUGUUAUUUCGUUCUGUGAUAAUGUGUUCAGAAAUUCCAGCAAAGAGUCGUAAUCGGUUUCUUGGUUAAGGAAACUCUUGACCCCAUUAAUAUGAAAUAGUGAAGUGAGGAUUUCUAGAACAAGCUGCUUUACAGACGCAAACUGAAACAGAUGAAACAAAGAGGACGUAAUAGGAACACAUAAAUUACCAACGGAAGGAUCAUUAGUACGAAGAAGUGCGUCUAAGCGUGAUAAUACUUCUUCAACGGGAGAGAUAUCAACAACGGACUUUGUCUUUAGGAUCUCAAAAUACGGCUGAAAGUAUGUCUCGCACAACUCCGCAUGAUUAUGUAAAAGCGACAGAAUAGCGUACGAAGCUAGACGAGAAUGUGACUUCAUUAAGGUCCAAAGUUGGGGGAAUAUUAUGUCAAAAUAUGCCUAUACGAAUUAGUGAUACAAUCUUGUUAUGUUGACAUUCACACCUCUGUAGAUAAAAAACUGGGCACUGAAGUAAUUAAGGAAGCAGCCUUCUUAGCCCUGUCAACCGAAUUAGGAUCGGGCUGCAUAAACACAGCAAGAAACGCUUUCACUCCUUCCGGCGCACAGAUUGACUUCGUAAGUAUUCUUGUUACGAUAUCCUUAAAGUCUUGAGGUGCUUUCGGCAGCAAGAUCUGUAGACACAUAGAAAUAUUCAUGGCCGGAUUAUCUGAGAGUGGGAAGCCUUCUUCUGGGAACCCGGUUAAGUCAGCAUUGUUUAGUUUAUGGCCGGUAGCAUGACUUUGUUCAGUAGUUGAGGGCUUUAUAUCGAGACUAUUUUGAGAAC